GCUUUUCCUUUCUAAAAACUGAAACACCAAUACACCAUUAGAUUGCUAUUCAAUUACGUAAUACAUAAGCACUUAGUUGGCCUUACUCGCCUUAGUAAUGCCAUUCACCAACGAAUGUCAUUAAAACAGACUAAUGGCACAAUAAUGGUCUAGAAUUUGCUAUUCAUACAUUUAGUCUUGGUAAAUCUAUUGCAGUGACAAUAAUUUAUCCACUUAAUUUUCAUCCAACUAUUAAUUGAUCAUGGACAGAAGCAACCGCAAGACAAUUCGUGUAGGUUCACGUAAAAGUGAAUUAGCAUUAAUCCAAACCAAGUUCGUUAUUGACCAGUUAAAAGAAUUACAUCCAGAAAUAGAAUUUGAAAUAGUCUCCAUGACCACAAUGGGUGACCGAGUUCUAGACAAACCUUUACCAAAAAUCGGAGAGAAAAGUUUGUUCACCAAGGAUCUUGAAGUUGCUCUACUUAGCGGUACUGUUGAUUUCAUCGUACAUUCAUUGAAGGAUUUACCAACUGUGAUGGAAAUCGGAACAACAAUUGGUGCUGUUUUAAAACGAGAUGAUCCAAGAGAUGCUCUUGUACUUCGAGAGGAUUGUAAAAAAUAUCAACUGGACUCAUUACCUUCAAAGAGUUUCAUUGGAACUAGUUCUUUAAGACGCACAGCUCAGUUGAAAAGAAAAUUUCCUAAUCUUCAAGUAUCCGAUGUACGUGGAAAUUUAAACACAAGAUUGAAGAAAUUGGACAUUAGUCAAUCUACUAACAAUAACACAGAUACAAAUUAUAGUGGCAUAAUUUUAGCAUUGGCUGGAAUUCAAAGGAUGGGAUGGGAAAAACGUGUGUCCCAAAUAAUUGAUUCAGAUGUUAUGCUUUAUGCUGUUGGACAAGGAGCUUUGGCAGUCGAGUGUCGUUUAGGAGACGAUUAUAUUUUAGAAAUGCUUGAACCAUUGCAUCACUAUGAAACAGUUUUACAAGUUGUUGCUGAAAGAGGUUUCCUUACACGAUUGGGUGGAGGAUGUAGUGCACCUGUUGGUAUAAGGUCUACUGUUUGUUUAACAAAAAAUGCUAUGUCUUUGGAUGGUGCCGUGUGGAGUCUUGAUGGUGCAGAAGAAUUACAGUGUUCAUCUUCUGCAGAGUUGGCAGAUAAAAAAGUAAUACAGAGCCAUAUUGAUCAGUACAGAGGUGAAGAUGGAGAACCACCAAAGAAAUGUCCAUACAAACAACCUAGACAAUUUGUAGGUGUUACACCAGGAAAAAUUAGUUAUUUAGAUUUGGAUACAGCAUUAAAAUUGGGUACAGAGUUAGCAGAGAAUUUAAUAAGCAAGGGUGCCCUUGAUGUAAUGAAUGCGGCAAAAGAUAUAAUUCAUUCUUCCAUCAAAUAAUUGUACAUGACCGAACUUAUUAUGGUUCACUUUCUUCGUUAUUCUCUGGGGGUCGUUAUGUUUGGUUUUGGUGAUUUAUGUUAACCCUUGUUAUUUAUUAUUUUGUCCUUUUUUUCUUUGAAUGACUACCCCUUGUUGAAUUCUUAUGCUACUAUAAUUAUUGUUAGUAAUAUAUAAAUAUUUACAAUUAGUUACCGAUUAUAUAUAUUAUUUUGUUGUACCAUCCCUGCAAGUCACAGGAUAGAAAUAAAUAACUUGCUCUAGUGGUAAACAUACACACUAGUGCAAGGAAAUAAAUUCUACAAUGUUUAAUAAAGCAAUAUCAUUUGUAGAAAAA